AUUGCCCUCGUAACCGGAAGUGCCCUGCGGGACCGUGAGAAGGCGGGAUCCGACUAUGAUUGUUGAUGUUCCUAUCCGUCUUCUGGUGGAUGAGGCGGGAUUUCUCUAAUGAUUGGAGAAAAUAAGUGCCACUCUGGGGUCCCGUGUGUGAUUGGGUGUGAUACUGAGGGGGCGGAGCCUCGGGGCUGAAUAAUAAGGACUGAGUGUCAAUUUCCCUCUGUCAGGCAGUAAAGACGCCCCUCGCCCCAGAAACCCCUCAGACUUGGGAUCCUCCUGAGCUCCAUAACAGGCACUCAAGUGGAACCGACCUCUAAGGGCCCUGGACCUAGACCAGCCUGUAGACCCUCACAGUGACCUCUGACCCCCGGUGUGAUACUGGGCCCACGCUAGGACCAGCCCCUGCUGUGGGCUGAGGGGACAGCCAUGGAGCUGGGCAGCUGCUUCAAGACCUACGAGGACUUCAAGGAAUGCUUCAGCGCCUACAAAAAGGAGAACAGGUGCUCCUUCAUUCUCAGAGACUGCGUCUCCGUCCGCUUCCACAACCUCCACCAUGGCACCUCUAUCCGCGAAGACAUCCUAUAUGUGCAGGUGAAAUUUGUCUGUAUUCGGACCCAGUCAAACAGGAAGAGAACAUCAGAGGCAGACACGUGCCCAGCAUACUUGUCCCUGCGGUAUGAUGAGAAACUGGAUAGACUGUUCAUCAGUGGGCUAAACACUAAGCAUGUACAUGGCGACUCUACGACUGCAGGUCCUGGAGGAGAUACCACUGGCAAAUCUCAAAAGACAAUGCGUCUGCAGAAACCCCAGCCAGCGUGGCCCCCAAUCAACAAAGACCUUGACGCUGAGAAGUCCCCAACCGAACCAUCAUUUUGCUUAAAUAAGGUUCAAGUGCCCCCAAAGCAUGAGCAGGAGGGCAUCACUCCUUCUGACCUGGCCAGUAUAGCAAAAGUGAUGAAGAACUUUCUCAGGUUAGAUGUAGGCUCCAUGGCCUCCCUUAGUGUGGGCAACAGCCAAGUCCUGGACCGACUCAGCUUCCAGAGCAGCAAGAUGAGUGACCUGUUCAUCCGUUUCCCAGAAAGUCUCCUGCUGCACCGGGUGGAGAACGCCCAGGGCCACAUCCUCUAUGCUUUCCUGGUGGAGAACAAGGAACGAGAGGGGCGAGUGGUACACUUUGCCGUGCUCAAGGCUGAGACCGCCACCUCCGUAGCCAAGAUGCUGAACAUCUUCACAGAGUUCAACUCCGACUGGCCCAAGGUCAAGGUGGUUUUUGUGGACCCAUCCUUCCCUCACCGGGCCAUCCUGCAGGAGAUUUUCCCUGCUGCCCGCAUCCUCCUUUCCAUAUACCACACGACCCGGCUGUUGGAGAAGAAGUUGCAUCGUAGUUCAGCAAAUGCGUCCUUUAAAAGGCUCAUGAAGGAAGCCCUGCGGGAGGCUGUGUUUGUCACUUCAGAGGCCAGCCUGCAAAAUCUCUCUCACAUGUGCCAAGCCCUACUGGACAAGGAGCUCUUCAGCUUUCUGCAGGCCCACUGGUUCUCCUGUGAACUGCUGUGGUACAUGCAUGUCAGGAAGGGCCUGCACGCAUGUAAUACCUACAUGGACAGCCUUGACGUCGUCACCAGCAAAGUGUCAAGCCUCUUCCGGGAACAGCAGUCCCUGCUGGACUGCAUCCUGCGCUUUGUGGAUUACAUGGACUUGUUUAACACCAAAGGCUUGAAGAACUUGCCCACAGUUCCUCCCAAGCCAGCUCCUCCCAAGCUAAAGAGGGCCCGGCCAGCAAGUGGCAUGCUGCCAAGGUCCAAGAAAACUUUGGGAACCUGUGGAGGGAAACUUCCUAGACCUUCCUGGCUCCCUGUGGCGGAGACAAAGCCAGACUCGCAGCAGCCAGAGCUGCGGUCUUCCCAGGGCUGCAUGCUAGCCACUUUGCACCAGAGCGGCUCUGAGCUGGCCUAUAAGCUGUGCCGUAGUGAGUGGGAGGUGGUAGAGAACUCCACCCACCUGGUAGAGGUGGUUGGCUCCUCAGUGAAUGUUCAGCUGCUAGAGGAUUCCCACCAGGCUAGCAAAGAUGGCUGUAGCUGCAGCUGUUCCUUUCAGCAAAGGUACCACCUGCCAUGCCGGCACAUUUUGGCUCUGCUACACACCAGCCAGCAGCCCGUGAGUGAAGCCAUGGUGUGCUCCCGGUGGCAGAAGAGGUACCAGCACCUCCUUGGGCCCAGUGGAGAAUUUCGGGACCCUAUUCUGGUCCCAAACACAGGUCAGCAUGAGAACCAAGGACGGAACAACAUGAUCAAAGACCUAAGCAGGGAGCUGGCCAACCUGCUAAUGCAGAGUGAAGGGCCAGAGCUGGAGGAGCGCUGCUCCACCCUGCGCAAGAUAGUGGACAUCUGGGCUGACCCCUGCCAACCUCCUGAGCUCAGGCAGCAACCUAGGGACUUCAAGGAUGUGGGCCGCCUCCCUUUCCUCUGGGGAAAGCAGGAGGAAGGGGAGGGUCUCCUUCCUGCUAAGCCAUGAUUCAUGACUGAAGCACCUGCACUGGAGCACUGGCCCCAAAACACCACUUUUUCGAAGUCGGAGAGCUCAAAGUGGCAGGAUAUGCCAGGGGCCAGCAUUUCAACCAAUGUCUUCCUAGGUAGGGCUAGGAGGAGUGUUACAAUAGGGAGGAGUGGAACCCUACUGUACGCGAAGGCCCUUUGGAUCUGCCCCUUUUCUGCUCUGCCUUUGACAUUCCUUAAGAGCCUCAUUCAUUGUUCAAGGCCAAAGUUCUCUCUGUGCUGAAAGGUUACCCUCCUUUUUUACCCCCAACCCCUGAGAUCAGAUCUUAUUCACUCUACAAAGAUAACCCCCCGCCCCAGGAUAGGUGAGACAAAAUGGGCCUGGCAAAAGGGCCUGUUUUCAGGGACAAAGGGAGGGAGGGUGAUCCUUGACUGUUGCUGCUCUUUAUACCUAUUUUUAUUCAUAUUAAAUAAAAGUGUUUGUUUGUUUUAAUAAAAUCAGAUAAGCAGGAGAAAUGUGUUCUGCUUGAACAGGGAAGGAAGGGGAGUUGGCUUACCUAACAGGAGGACUCCUGGCUUCGCUAUCAGGAAGUGGGUGCUGUAGGUUGGAUUUGUUAAUUUUAAAGGAAAUUGAGUAUUAUCAAUCUAAUGGGGUUAUGGAGCCAAAUAGAACCUGAUGCCUCCAAUUCAAGCACUUACACUCUCCCACUUAACACUCUCCCUACCAACCAAGUCUGCAGAUUGAUUUCAGGCUACCUCAUAUGCUAGCUGUUAGGUGCCAUAGAAUCGGUUCCGACUCACAGCAACACUAUAUGCAACAGAACAAAACACUGCCCAGUCCUGCACAUCCUCACAGUCAUUGCUAUGUUUCAGCCCAUCGUUGCAGCCACUGUGUAAGUCCAACUCCUUGACGGUCUUCCCUUUUUUUACUGAUUCUUUACCAAGUGUAAUGUCCUUCUCCAGGGAUUGUUCCCUCCUAAUAGCAUGUCCAAAAUAGGUAAGACAAAGUCUCACCAUCCUCUCUUCAAGGAAGCGUUCUGGCUGUACUUCAAACACAGAUUUGUUUGGUUUUCUGGCAGUCCAUGGUAUAUUCAGUAUUCUUUGCCAACAAACAUAAUCCAAAUGCAUCAAUUCUUCUUUGGUCUUCCUUAUUCAUUGUCUGGCUUUCGCAUGCAUAUGUUCUUAUUGUUGUUUUUAGGUAUCCUCAAGCCAGUCGUGACUCAUAGCAACCCUAUGCGCCACGGAACAAAACACUGCCCAGUCCUCUGCCAUGCUCACAAUCAUUGCUAUGCACGAGCCCAUUGUUGCAGCCACAGUGUCAGUCCAGCUCAUUGAGGGUCUUCCUCUUUUCCACUACCCUGUACUUUACCAAGGAUGAUCUCCUUCUCCAGGGACUGAUCCUUCCUGACAACAUGUCCAAAGUAUGUGAGAUGCAGUCUUGCCAUCCUUGCUUCUAAGGACCAUUCUGGUUGUACUUCUUCCAAGACAGAUUUGUUUGUUCUUUUGGCAGUCCAUUCAGUAUUCCUCGCCAAUACCACAAUUCAAAGGCAUCAGUUCUUCUUCCAUCUUCCUUACUCACUGUCCAACUUCACAUGCAUAUGAUGUGACUGAAAAUACCAUGGCUUGGGUCAGGCGCAUCUUAGUCUUCAAGGUGAUAUCUUUGCUUUUCAACACUUUAAAAACCUUUGCAGCAGAUUUGCCCAACGUAAUGUGGCUUUUGAUUUCCUGAUUGCUGCUUCCAUGAGUGUUGUUUCUGGAUCAGAGUAAAAUGAAAUCCUUGACAACUUCAAUCUUUUCUCUGUUUAUCAUGAUGUUGCUUAUUGGUCCAAUUGAGAGGAUCUUUCUUUUCUUUACGUUGAGGUGUAAUCCAUACUAAAAGCUGUGACCUUUGAUCUUCAUCAGUAAGUGCUUCAAGUCCUCUUCACUUUCAGUAAGCAAGGUUGUGUCAUCUGCAUAACACAGGUUGUUA